AGUUGAGGGAAACCCAAGCUUGGAUUGCACGUGUCCAGGAGAUGGAUGUCUUACAAUCAAAUACAAACCAUUCAUUACAGGCUGAAUUGCGAGAACGAACUGAACAAUAUAACCAGCUGUGGCUUGGUUGUCAAAGACAGUUUGCAGAGAUGGAAAGACUUCAUAUGCAUACGAUACAACAGCUUCAACUUGAGCUGGCCGAUGCACGAGAAAGGAGUGGAACAUAUAGUGACGAGUCACGUAUAUCCCAAACAAAUUCAAAGGAUGUAUCUCAGUUUGGACAAAGCAAUGGAAACCAGCUAGAUGCAAAUGGAGGAGGUGGCACAUCAGGCGGAAAUUCUGGGGUCCUUCCAAAUGGGAAUUCUGACAAUGUCUCAUCUUUUGCUUCAACUGGCAAUGCACCAGCCCAGCCCGAUCAUGUUCCUGGUGUUCCAAUUGCUCCAUCCUCUCUGCUCGGAAUGCCUACAUACCUUCCACCUGGACAAAUGACUGCUUUGCAUCCAUAUGUUAUGCAUCAACAAGGGGUUCCCCAUUCUUUGCCAUCACAUGUUACUCAAUCUCAUAUUAUUAUUAUUAUUAUUAGAUCACAUGUAUUCUAUAAAGGUGUCAUUCGACCUAUAUAUUGGGCUGGGGCAUGGAUUUGCAUGUAUAAUAAAUUACAUGGGUUUUAACUUCUAUCCAUAAUCCCAAAAUUGUGUAUUAAUAUUUUUAUUCAAAAAUAUGUUGAUUUUCUGACAAGAAUUUUGUAACUC